CUCAGCAAGGUCACCUCUCGUUCGUCGGUUCUUCUCUAAUUAUAAUGUCGUCUAUCAACGUCUUCCGGUGGUCCGCCCUCGUCCUCGGUCUCGGCUACGGCUACGUCCACAACAACACCCUCCACGAGCUCGCCGAGCAGAAGGCUGCCGAGCGGGCAUUCCACCACAAGGAGGAAUUGAUCCAGAAGGCCAAGGAGGAGUUCAAGAAGAAGGCUGGCGCUGCUAAGGACACCCUUAUUCGCGACCCAGAAGACCCCAAGUUCGACCUUGAGGCUGUGAUUGACGACUUUGCGAAGAACAACUAG